AUGAACACUUCUGACUUUGGAGGAGUUAAACUUCAUGACUCACGGUAUAAGGGACCGGUUUCAAGCUUUAAUGGAGCGCCACCACCACAACACACCUUUGGCACGUCAAUGGCUGGCUUUGCCAAUGCCAACUUAAACGGCGGAUACGGGUAUCCCUACGCGAUGCAGCCUCAGCCACCAUCAUCCUAUGGACGAGGACAAGGAUUCGCGGUUGGUGGUGGAUUUCGAGGGCGAGGAGGAUAUCCAGCCUUCCAGUAUCAACUUCCGCCUGGGGUGAGACAUUCGUGCAUUUUUUAAAA